CGAGGACAUGGCACUACGGAUCAGAAACUCUGGUUUCACAAGAUUAUGCGGAUCUGUGGCCAACAGUCCGAGUGCAAUUAGAAGGCACUGCAUCUCCCGAUCAGGAACACGUAGCUUUGCCCAAGCGAGCGAGACACCAGCAGCAGCAACCCACGGGUUUUCGAAUGGUCAGAACCUUGGGAGCAUUUCACUCAAGAAGAAUGGUAUCUACCUUGAAAACAAGUUGCGCAUUACACCCUUUGCGGACCUCGAGGUCAAGGAGCGUCCCGGUAGUGAAUCUCUACGCUGGGAUGGCGAGAGGCUCUAUUUUGAAAAUGCCGAAGGCGAGGACCGUACCUAUGUAGAUCAAUGCCCGUGUAACGAAUGUGUCCAUCCCGUUACUCGACAGAGACAGCUUGACACGUUUUCGAUCGAUCCCAGCAUCAAGCCCACUAAGCUGAACAUCCAGACCAAGGACAAGCAGACAAUACAAAUUGAGUGGCGAGAUGGACAUCAGAGUGAAUAUCCACUGAAGGUGCUUCGCAAGGGCAGACCAACUUAUACCAGUGUACAAAGGAGAGGGCUUGUCGAGCAAAUCAUGUUUGACAAAUCGAUCACGGCUAAGCCGCCGACAGUUGACUACAAGAGCAUCAUGGAGUCAGACGGUAUUGCCGAAUGGACUCGUCAGAUCAAUGUUCAUGGAUUGUCAUUCGUCAAGGACUGCCCAAUUGAUCCCGAAGCAACACAAAAGCUGUUAGAAAAGAUUGGGCCCAUCCGCGAGACACAUUAUGGUGGUUUCUACGACUUUACGUCGAACAUGGCAAGUAAAGAUACUGCGUAUACAUCGUUGGCCCUCGAGGCGCAUACCGACACGACAUACUUCUCGGAACCAGCGGGACUGCAGAUGUUUCAUAUACUCUCUCAUACAGGUGGAUCUGGUGGAGAAUCUUUGCUGGUUGACGGGUUCGCAGCGGCGAGACAGCUCUAUGCGGAAGACAAAGAGGCAUACAGGAUCCUCAGUACAGUGGGAAUCUGGGCACAUGCAAGUGGCAACGAGGAUGUUAGCAUCCAGCCACAUGUAUGCUUCCCUGUGCUUUCCCACGAUCCUGUUCUUGGCCACUUGAUCCAGGUGAGAUGGAACACCGCAGACCGAGCGGCGAUUGAAGCGCCCAGCGACAUGAUAGACAAGUGGUACGAAGCUGCCAGGAAGUUCAACCGCAUCUUGAACGACCCACAAAACCAGUACUGGACACAACUUGAGCCAGGCAUGCCUUUGAUCUUUGACAACUGGCGAGUUUUGCAUGGAAGAAGCGUGUUCACAGGCAAAAGAAGAAUGGCUGGAGGCUACAUCAAUCGUGAUGAUUUCAUUUCCAAGUUCAAGUUGACAAACUCAAGCAGAGAUGAAGUACUUGAGGCGACUGUGACAGGA